AUGGUCGUCCUAUUCCCCGUCAGCGACGCUGCAACAUCCCCCGCCGCACCAAGCAGCAAUAUUACAACCUACAGCCCUGCCUACGCAACAUGUCCAACUUCAGGCAACCUAGUAAUUCGCCGCACUGGGACUCCACAAGCGGACAAUCAGACUCUGGACCCGAAUGAAGUCGAGUAUAUAAUUUCUCGACAAAAAAUCGUUCAGACGAGCCUGCGAUCGUGGCUGGGUAAUUCCAUGAGUACCGUGUACAGCGGAAAUUUCGAUGCGCUUUCGGCGGCAGACAUGCCUAAUGUCGGUCUCUCAUUGUCUGGAGGCGAUCUUCGCGCUGCCCUAUUCAAUGUUGCUGCAUUGCAUGCGUUCGACUCUAGGAAUGAGACAAGUGUGGCAAUGGGCCUUGGAGGCCUGCUCCAAUCAUCGACGUAUAUCACAGCCUUGUCAGGUGGUUCCUAUAUUUCAACCAGCUUGAUUUUCAAUGAAUUUCCAACGUUGACACAUUUGGUUUUCGGCAACGACACGGCCGGAAUCUCUGGCUGGCAGCUCCUGGAGGAUAUUUUUCAACCAGGCCCAUCUGGGCAGUACGAACAGGCAUUCUUCGCACAUCUCCUCGAGGAUCUAGGUGCGAAGCGAUCUGCUGGAGACUUUCCGGUCACGUUUUGUGACCUUUGGGGUCGUGCACUUGCAUACCAUUUUCUGCCCGGAACCGAAGAUACCGCAUCAUUUGCAUCCAAUACGACUGCAGGAAAUCAUGCCGCUGCCAUAUCGUAUUCGUCCAUGACGCAGCUUGAAUCAUGGAAAAAUCACACAUACCCAUUCCCCAUAGUCUUAAUUGAUGUCAAUUCGCCAAACGCACAAGGAGAGCCCUUCGGCGACACCGGUGUUCUACCCCUCACCUCCGUUGUCUAUGAGCUGACUCCAUACGAGUUCGGAUCCUACGAACCGCAGCUGGCUGCAUUCGCACCUCUCCCGUAUCUCGGUUCCACAUUCAGCGGCGGCACAGCGCAGAAAUGUGUAAACUCAUUUGACAAUGCUGGACUGCUGAUCGGCACUUCCUCUUGCGAUUUUCACAUGUAUAACGCGACGAACAGCCCAUUCUGGACUCAAGAGUUCAUGCCGAUGAUCAAUCAGAUCGAAGAGUAUUUUGGGAAGUAUCAACUUGAGCAAGAAAUGGAUGUCAUGAGCGUUGCGAACCCUUUCUACAAGAUGAACGUGGGUACGUACCAGGACUGGAACGAGACGGCGUUGAGCUUGCUCGAUGGAUCUCUGGAUGUCGAAAACGACCCGAUACUUCCGCUCCUAGUGAAGAAGCGGAACGUGGAUGCGGUCGUCAUCCUCGAUUCAUCCGGCGAGACCAGUGAGGAGAAGCCAAGUGGACUGUCGCUUCUGGCGACGCAGGCGAAGAGUGUCACGCUUCCACCAGGGACGAUCAACUUCCCGAUGCCCUUCCCUAACUCUACGGACGAAUUCAUGUCAUUGGGGUUGCACGCGCGGCCGGUUUUUUUCGGCUGCGACGGCGCGAACAACACCAACGACAAUUACCCGGUGUUUGUAUAUAUCCCGAACGAUGAUCCUACGGGGGUGACGAAUAUUAGUACGUCGACGCUGCAGAUUUCGACCGAAAACCAGACGGACAUAUUCAACAAUGCGUAUCAUCUCGCGGUGCGUGGCUAUGUGGGCAUUAACAACACGAAGCUAGAGCAGCACGACACCGAGUGGGGCAUCUGUGUCGCAUGUGCGAUCAUCGAACGGAUGCGGGUGAGGCAAGGCGUGACCCGAACGGACGCGUGCACCAGCUGCUUCUCGCGGUACUGCUUCACAGGACAGAACAUGACGGGCAUACCUGAUUCAACCAAAUUGUCGACAUCCUACUCCUCUUUGGAUUUGUCAAUUCAAGAUCCGUUGAACGCGAGCCCCUCAUCGUCUUCAGACUACGAUACGUUCGUCCGGAAUGAGUACAUCAUCAUAGGUCUCCUUGUUGGCAUUCUCGCCCUUUUGUUUGGUGUCGGUGGGGUCCUCCUUCGCAAAACGAAAGUUGCCAGAUCAGGGUACAAGGCAGUGGGGACGUACUAG